AUGAACUCGACGUCGGGCUCGUCGACGAUUCGUGAUUUAGUUACUCCGAAGAACUGCAACUGGGAUUUCGAUACGUUUAAUCAACCAGGUACGUGUAUUUCCAAGAGAAAUGUGCUCUAUGACCACUAGCGUGACAAGAGAAGGCGUCGUGCAUGUCUUUCUAAACACGUCUUGUCUUGCUCCUCAUCCUUUCAUGAAAGCGUCUCCAAUUUCAGAACGAAAUAGCACCAACAAACAACCGGCAUGCAAUUGUGUCGCCGAAGCGAUUCGACGCGUGACUGCUCUUCGAAAAUUGGCCACGCAACAAGGUGAGAACUAUUCAAAUAACAUCUCUAUGAAACUGCUUUGCUCAUUCAGAUGGCGACUUCACCGUGGUUCAGAACAAUGAAGUCAAAUGGGCAAAACUUUUCAUGGAAUUCAUCAUCGGCACUGCGUACUGCCAAUCCACCAAAUGUCAAGGUAUUGAUUGUUGAACUUGUGGAUCACAUUCAAUAUACUGAUAAGACCUAUACUUUACAGGUUUCUUGGACUUGGAUUGAAGUAUCUUGGGUCCAAGUUUCAGACCGAUUGGAUUAACUGGUUCGGAGAUGUGUAGAUCAGACGCCGAGAAGGCCUAUUUUUUCAAACCCGGCCCUCUCCGGAUAAUCCGAAAAACCUGAAACUUGGACCCAAUGUAGUUCAAUCUAAGUCCACGAAGACUGCCUCAUGAGGCCUGGUCCGGCAUUUUGCCCAGCCGUGCUAUGUGCAAUAAACGUAGAAAGUGGAAUACAAUUUCAGCUCAUUCGGAUGAUAUGAUUUGGUAUGUGCACCAGGCAAAGCUCACCAACUCAUUCUACAUACAAGGGGUACGCAUUACAACUUCUGACUGACUACUAACAACAGAAUUGUUCAGAAUCAGAGUCUCCUGCAAGUGUUCCGUCGUCACAGCAAGAACCAGCCGACUCCGUGCGAUGACAGCUACAACUGGGAGGAAACGGUGUGCCUCAACAUUAUUAUGCAACAGGUGAAAUUUGCCCAGUCACUGGCUUCAUCAAUUUGCAAUUCUAUUUUUAGAUCGACUUCUACGUGACAUGCGCUGUUUGCACCAAAACGGGCCCUCAAAAUUUGCAAAUCAUUCGGAAGAACUGUCAAAGAGUGUUCCCGUCGCCGAGUCGCCGUCGAAUGGAUAGUAAGGGUGAAAACGAGGAAAUCACAUAUCCGAAACUGUAUUUCGCAAUUGACGGUUUUGAGGAGGUAUGUGUAGGCGUUCAGGGUGGUACAAGGAAUGAGAACUGGAGGAAUAACAACUGCUACAAAUGAGAACUCGUAAUAAAUGAGAACUGCUACAAAUAAGAACGGAUUAUUUGAAAAAUCAGUAAAGAUUUACGUGUGAUAUUGUGAAAUAAUGACUUCUCAUUUGUAGCAGUUCAGCGUGGUCUCAUUCCGCCAUUUCUCAUUUAUAGCACUUCUUAUUCCUCCAGUUCUCAUUCCUUGUACCACCGCGUUCAGUAAAGUUGCGGAACCGAGUCUGUUUCAGAUUUUCAACGAUGUGAUUGUCCGUGACGGAGAAUGUGUCUGCGUCGAGUUGGUGGCCCGAGACCGUCAGCGAACGCGCGAGUCCGUUGUCUUCCUCGGCUCGAUUCGCUAUGAAAUUCUGAAGCAAGUGUACGACACGAAAGCGUCGUCAACUUGGCAAUGGGCGCAAAAGUUGAUGAAGGCGGGCGAACGACGGCAAGAGUUUGUACGAAUGCGCGGGCCGCAGGGCAAGGGAUACGCGGAAAUGGCGGUGGCGAGAGUGCCCAACUGCGGAUAUGAGACGCCGCUCACUGAGAACCCCAUUGACUUUUUGGAACUGGCAGGGGUGAGAGUGAUCGACUUUUGACGUGUUAGGAAGGAAUUCUUUCUGUUUCAGGUCGAGCAAUCUUUGGGAAAACGGCGAAUGUCCGAGACAAACUUGGCUGGCGGAACCCGCAUGUUCCCUUCAAGGUCCAUCGCCACUCCAUCGCACUCCUCUCGUGGACGACGCUGGCAAAGCGAAGCAGAUACUGUCAACCAGUAUCCAGAAGUCGAAGGCAGCAAUCUUGAUGAUGGUUAGUUUUGCGAAUUCUUUUCUGUAGUUCGGAUCGUAGUUAUUUCAAGAAACCGAAAAAAUAACUGUUUCAUUUAUGACCUUCAGCCUAAAUUAGGCCGGUGGGCGCUAAAAUAACCUUCAAAAAGCGCGACAGAACUGUUGCAAAGAACAGAAGAAGAGUAUUUUUGUUCAGAACUCGACGAAGGCCCGACGAAUAAACUGUGGUCGAUGCGUGGAUUUGCUCAGGUCUGGCAUGGACUCCGUGAGAAGAAACGGGCAGAAUGCACCCCUCUCAACGCAUUUUUGACCUACGUCACACUCCCAUGGAACAGCAUUCUUAAUGGUUUGUACUUUUUGGUCUCCUAGUGAAUCAAAAUUAUUGUUACAGAUCUUCUGAGCGAUCGGCAAAAACGUCCGAUCUUGACAUUUGAAUUCGAUGCUCCUGCACAUAACCACGACUGAUUUAUUCAAUAUUUUGAACAAUCGUUGUUAAAAAAUAUUUCGUAACUAAUAUAUUAUUUGGCUAACUUUCCUUUUCAUCACAGUUCCGUUUUUUCCCAAAUGUUCUCGCACCGACAGUAUCAUUUGAUCUCUUUCUCACCGCACUCUCUUGUCAUCAUUGUCCAGCACCAGUUGAAAAAAAUCCCUUUUUGUGUAAUAGCGAAACUCCUAAAGUUCACCCUUUUUCGUUUUCGAGUUGCAAGAUCAUCCUCAAUAAAUGAAAUAACUUGAAGAGAAAAAAAUAAGAAAGUGUCGAUCAGAUAACUGAUCGUUGUGUUGUGUUGUUUUGUUUGUUUUUUGCAAGGAAAUGUCGAAGAAAUUAAAAGAACGGGAGCAGGUUUUAUAAAUGGACACGUGGAAACUUUUGAUGAGCUUGACAAUGGAUCGUCAAGGACGACCAUGCGGAUUUGAAAUUGAUAAUCACAAGACAUGACAUCACGUUUUCAAUGAGGCCCACCCAAACAUAACUAUAAAAGAGAGACAAAACAACAAACAGUUCAGGAAAACCAUACGGGUUUCCAUCACACGAGAAAGUUCUCAUUACCUCACUGAUACAGGUAACGUUUCGAUUUCGAUUCCAUUUUCCAAUGACAAAUGUUAAAUUUCAAUUUCAGGUUCCCCAGUCGUGCGCCGCCGGUCAGUCCAACGGGGGUGUCUUUUUCCUUUUUUCUCUCGCCUUUCCAAAUUCAAUUCCGUUUUAACUUCUACCAAGUUGGUAGGUGCGUGAUAAGCAUCUCUCCCGAUUGUCGCAAAAUCGACCGCCCCGCCCCAUAUCAAAGCGGUAAGUCGGAAGAUAAUACGGGAAAAAUCUGUGACGGAACAGCGGGUAUAUAACUUGUCGUCAGGACCCUAGUUCUUCAUUUCUUUAUUUGCUUUCUAAAUAAAAGACUUUCAGAACACAAUGUUACUUGUGACGUCAAUAAUCCUUUGGACAAGUUCUGUUGUGGUAAGUCACUUCACUUCCAGUAAGUACAAUCACAAAACCACAACAAAUUUCAGUUAGCACAAUACGAACUGGACAAUAUCCUACCGUACAACCCUCCGGGAUACAUGCCUCCGAUGCCGCCCACAGAUCCACCGGGAUAUGAGCCCGAGCCAGAGCUCACUGUCAACCCAACCCCACCCUCGACAGGACUUCGCGCUCCUCCAUUACCCUCUUGGACACACAAGGUAAUCAAAUCAGCGUCGAACAGGUUUUCCCCCGCCGGUCACACGUUGUUAUGAAAUGAUCGGAUUGAUAGACAGAAUAACACCAUUAAAAACCUAUUUCAGAUACCUCACGAUAACGAGAUCUUGACUGAAUCAUCUGGUCAACAACCAAAAGUUGAAGAGACUAUUUCCAUUGGAGAAGGAUCCGGCAGUGACGGUGAUGGAUCUGGAUCUGGAAUUGAAUCCGGUUCCGGAAUUGGAUCGGGGGAUGGAAGCGGCGAGUUUCUGGAGGCAUCGGGUAGAAAACUCUGGCACACAUUUUCCAUUAACACUUCUUUAUCAGGUGAAGGCAGCGAAGAAGAUAAUUUAGUGGAUAUCAUGAAGGGAAUGGACCGCGAGGCAGUUAUCCUGGGCGUUCACUGCCCGACCGACACAGUUUUCAUCAUAGAUGCCACGUCUUCUGUCCGCGGUAUCUUCGAACAUUAUAUCACGUUUAUCGAGAAGGUACCAAGGAAAUGAUUGAUACUGCAACAGCAAUUGUUUGAACUUUGAGGUGAUCGAAGGACUUGAUAUCUCACCAACCGUUGAUCACGUUGGCGCCAUGAUCUACAGUAGCGAGAAGAAGCAAAAAAUGAAAAUUCCACUUGGAACACACACAGAUAUGGGAAGCUUGAUGAAAGCCGUCGAAGGUACGUCAAUCCGUUGGAUUACUGGGUUUCUGCCGUAGUCAUCAAUCAAAAAUUAGGUGACUAGUAGUAGUGCGUCCAAAGAACUAGAGUAGAAGAAUUCCAUUCCACAAUCGAGAGAUAUAUCUACCGCUACACAUGAUUCUCAAUUUAAAACACUUUUGCAUGCACUUUUUGACGAUAAAAAUCAUUGGCUACAUAGUUUUUGGGUUAGUGGAAGACGAAAAUAAUGUGAAUACUGCAGAAUUGCCCUUCUUCUCCGGAAUUACCGCCACCGGACAGGCACUGAAGUUCGCCGCGCAUCAUACGGAGGGAAGACGUGACAAUUUGACUUUGAAUUUUGUGAUUCUAACUGACGGAUACAGGUAAAUCGGCAAAUUGGAAUCAAAAAAGUAUAGUUGAACCUUUUCUUUAGUUAUGAUCUUAUUGAAAGUGGUGCAAAGGAACUGCGGGCAGUUCCGAAUUCUACAGUUUAUGCAGUUUCUAUUGGAGAGAUUUACUUGAAGUGAGCUUACUUUCAUGGAUUUUAAAAGAACUUUACAAUGCUUUUCAGAAAGGAACUAGAAAUGAUCACCGGCAAUCCAGAAAAUGUGCUCAUUGGCUCAAUGUCAUACGGGACUCUGGUCAAACGUCUCAAAUUCUGCAGUGCGCGUGCCAGAGCCCGUUUCCAACACGACGCCUCACCACACCAUGCACUGGUUCAUCCCGGAGAGUUCAUGAGUGAUCGGCAUCAGCAUCGAUCUGAAACUGACGCAAGUGAGGAAGCCAGCGGAAGUGACGAGGCUGUCGUCAGGGAUUCUUCGGAUACACUUCCUGUGAGAGACUGCAAGUAUGACAUCGGAAUCAUCUUCGACUCCUCCGGCUCUUUGAUGCAAAACUUCCAACGCCAACACGCAUUUGCCAAUCAGCUCGUAGAUCAAAUGCCGAUCGCCGAGAAUGCUACCAGGGUAUUACUGUUUAUAUCUAUAUAUACUCGAGCGUCUCAAAUUAAUUGUUUUUCAGGUCGGAAUCAUUCAAUUCGCUGGCAGAACAAAGACACGUGUUCUUGUUGACUUCGGGUACCGCCUUAACGCAAUUUCCUUUUAUUAUUUGUGAUUUUCAGUGGAAACAAAACAAAAUCCGAGUUGAAGACUAUUAUCGAUAGAUCUCCGUUCUACUCAGGCACAACUUACACAAAUCAGGCUCUGAAAAGGAUGGCCAAGUUGUUUGAGGACUCAUCGAGAGACGGGGCCAAAUGCAAACUUGUUAUUUUCACCGAUGGAUACUCUGCUGAAGACACUUCUGAAGGUUUUUUUCGUAUUUUGUCCAAGUACUGAUUUUGUAAUUGAUUCUAGGCAUCGAAGCUCUGAAAAGUCGUGGAGUUGUGAUCUACACGGUGGGCAUCAGCACGGACCGAUCAGCCGGGUUGAACAUGAACGAGCUGAAAGGAAUGGCUACGUCUCCGGAGCAUUACUUCGAUUCCACCGACUUUGAUUUUCUUCUCCUACAUUUCCCAUCCACUAAAUACUGUUCAUAG